AUGGUGAAGGAUGAGAAGCGAUUGGAGAAACGGAAUGCAACUGAAAGGCAGAUUAACAUAAAAGAUAAAGAAGAUGCAACAUGGUAUUUCAAAACGUUGCAGUUGGCACUGGCUUUAGCAAUUAUCCGCUCCAAGCCACCAGAUAAAAGCAGCAAAGAAUAUGCAGUGCACCUGGCCAAUAGAGUAUCUGAACAGGAUUCCAAAUGGAAAAUGAGAGUUAAAGCAUUAGAAAUGGAAGUUCUUCAUUUAAGGCAACAGCUCCUUUUGAAUAAAUGUUUUUCUGGAGUCAGUGUAAAAAACAGGAUUAUGCCACUUACAGGCCAGUCUGUGGCAGCUUCUAAUACAACAGACUGCAGUGACCUUUUUGAAGACUCUGGGUGUGAUAUCUCAAGUGAUUGUACAGAAAACCUGCCUAGCUUAAGCCUCAGGGGACAUGAUUUCAACAGUUUUCCCCCUCCCAUUUUGUCAAAUGUACUUCCCACAUUGACUUCCAGCAAGAAUCAAUCUGUGAUGCUGCACAUGCAGUUCCUACAACAUUUCAUUGAAAUAAGAAAUCUGGCAGAGUCCAAUAGUAUGAAAAUGGAUUUGAUGAAACUUGGAAGGGAUUGCUCCGUGGUGUCCAAUUCUUUUUUCCAGUUGCUCGAUGGUCUGGUUACAUCAUAUAACCUUCCUGAACAACCCUUUCCAGAUUUUAUGACUCAGGCUGUUUUUAUCAUAGCUAAAUUAUUAAAUGAUGCUGAUUUUUCUUGUCGGAUAUUGGGAAGGUGUUUAAAAAAGUUGGAAGACUCUAUGGAAAGACUUGUACAAAUUAUUUUAAACAGCAGCUAUCUCAACAGAUUUCAGAUUCAGGAUUCCAUGUCCCGUACCCUUGUUCUGUUUGGGCAAUGUAGCAUAUUGAGGCGCUCUACAAUAUCCCUGCUUUUCAGAGAAAUCAGUCAAUUUGCUAAUAAAUUGCAGCAUGCGAAUAAGAUUCAAGCCAAAUACAAUGUACAGUACGAAAAUAUUUUCUUUCUGUGUAACAUUUUGGAACAGCUUCUUGAAACACACAGAGAGCAGCAAAAGAACAAAACCAGUCUUUGUUAUGAAGUAAAAGAGAGGAAAAAGGUUUUGCAGGACAUUGAUCAAGCUUUCCUCCAUCUCUCUGAUGAGUUUCCUUUGUUCUGUAUUUAUUUAUGGCGCCUGGGUACCCUUUUGAAUGCAACAGAAAUAGAAAUUGAAGGAAGAAACUGA